AUGGCAAACUCCUCAGAUGAAGAGGCUGAUUCGCGCACAGCCCUGGUUGGCGUACCGCGUACUCGAUCAAAUCCGCGUUCCACCUCGCGCUCCGCAUCGCACGACAGCGCCCGCCCAGCCAAGCGACAACGCCGCAACAGAAAUAAGAAGGAUUCAGAUCUAGCUGAUUUUGUUCCAAAAGGAGUUGCAUUUAGUGCAACCUCCUUGCCAGUGGAUGAUCCCGACAACACAUCUAGCUCUGGAUCUAGUUCCUCAAGUGAAGAUUCCGAUUCCGACGCGGACCCAACUACCGUCGCAAACCCCCACGCCGGCAACACCGCGCCUGCAAUUAGCUGGAACCAGGGUCGGAAGGCUGCAGUGCGCACAACGCUUGGAAAACGAUCGGCGCCAACAAACGACAAGCCUACUCAAUUUGAAGCGGUGAACGACAAAUAUUGGCGCAGUCGCAGUGCAUCUGUCUCGGCCAAUGGUGAAGAGAAGCCCACAGCAAACGACCAAUCUCAAAAUGAUGAUGAACUGGAAGAUGGGGAGAUUGACUCCAAGAGUGACACAGAUGAUUCAGAUUCUCUGGGUUCUGAAGCCGAUGACUCUAUCCUACUGAACAUAGGAGAUAAGAUGGGAAUGGAUGGUGCCAAUGACUAUGAUCCUGCCACUCUGGCCCAUCAGCAUGGUUCCAACGCAAAUCUGAAAAGCUCACCUACCCAAACCGGAUCUGGAUCGAAAGAGGAAGCAUUCCGGCUUUUCUCACUCAAGUAUCCAAAUGCGCCUGUUGCUUUGGUGGACCUAAGCCAGACAGACCUCGAAAUUAUUGCGAAGUACGUCUAUUUUGAUCGAAACAUCCAUGAUAUAGACCUCAAACUUCCUAUCUCUUGCAUUGAAUGUCAACGCGAGGGCCAUAUGGCCGAUGUCUGUCCAGCAAAAGAGUGUGAACACUGUGGCGCGUGGAAUCAACAUCAAAGCAGCAUUUGUCCUGACUGGCGACGAUGCCAGAGAUGCCGCGAACGUGGCCAUGACGAGCCGCAAUGCACUGAAAAGCUACGCAGUUUCGCAUACGAAGUGCCUUGUGAUUACUGUGGCGAUGAGCAUCUGGAAUCCGAAUGUGAUUAUCUAUGGAAGUUCCCAAUCAGGGAUCUUCACUCCAACCAAGUCACAGUGUCAAUCUGCUGUGCGAAUUGCUGCAGUGCGAAACAUCUUAUGGGAGACUGCCCAGCUACUAAAGUGCGCGCAGAAACCGGCAAGUCAUCGUCAUUUACCCUGAAGGGUAUAGAUCCCGACAUGAUCACAAACCUGAACACUGUCGUCCCGCCCCGAGAGAGCCGCCCACCAAGCCGAGCUUCAGCCCGCGGAAGAAACAGGGGAUGGUCUCCAGCUCCAUCCCCAGAGGAAGAUGACAUGAUGUCCCGCGUAUCCCGAGGCCGAGGACGCCCCGUCCCUGCCCCGCGCGGAAAUACUCGCGGCAAGGAUCUUCUCGUGGUCGAUCAACCUUCUCCGGAAACAACAACCGCGCGCGCUCCCCGAACCCGCCCCUUCCACGGGGUCCUCCUCCACCAAGAGGCGGUAGCCGAGGCCGUGGACCACAACGAGGAGGAGGAUUCUCACGUGGACCCCGUGGAGGCGGCAGAGGCCGCGGGUGGUAAGAAUGGGGGUGAUAUGAGAAGUGAGCAGCAGAUACCGGCGAAAGCCAUGUACAUAACAAACAGCACAGUGUCAACCAUUCCCCUCAGCCUCGGCUGA